AUGUCGUCUUCGUCCCAUGCCAGAAUCCCGUCGCGGAGCGAUCGCAGGACGACCAACGAUAGUGGAAGUACACGACCCCGCGCCCCCUCUGGACAACAAGGCGGGAGUCGAACAGAGAGGCCAGAUCCAAGGAGACAGCCGUCGCCGCAGCCUUCUACAUCGACUGGUGGGCACAAGAGGACGGCUUCUGGGGUACAGCGGUCGAGUAAAGCGGUGGAGGAGCGGAGGACGGAAAGAGUGCAGGUUACGACAAGGGAAACGAUAACUUCGAGAACGAGAAGUCCAGAGAGGAGACCCGGGUCAACGCAGCCGCCGGAGCGACAGAGACCGGAACCUAGUAGGACGUAUUCGGGCGAUCCGAGGCCAAAACCGGCAAAAAUGGAAACUCCAACAGCGCCUUGGGCACCGGAGGCUUCUUUGGUUCCACAUACAUCUGCUCCUCUUGCAUCACGCAUAUCAAUACCUCCGCUGUCAUCACAAGCUCCGACCGCUCUCCAACCCCGCCCUCUCCAUGAGUUAUCUCUUGAAGUCCAGGAGGCAGCCAUACUAGAAGAUCUUCUUUUUGUCUUUAUGGGAUAUGAGGGACAGUACAUACGAUUUUCAAAGUCCUAUAACCCCUCAAUUGAGAAAGACCGCCUUGCCGGACCAGGAUACAAGAUUCAACCCGGUCUAGACCCCAGUCUCCAAGAUCUCACGACUACGAUGCUGAAAAUGGCCACUCACUAUGGUGCUGUAGAUGCUUUUGUGGAAGUACAGAGUCGCGAGGAGUUUGGCGCAGUAAAUCAUGCCCUCUGCGCUGCGAUACGGAAGCUCCUCCAGGAUUAUUUGAUCUUGGUGGCUCAGUUAGAGACUCAAUUCCUGACGAACCCCUCGUUCACCCUACAUGUCCUAAAUCUGCACACUUUGCCCACUAGUCAUAUGAUGCUCCAGCUUUAUUCCCUGGCUCACGAAAUUCUGAAACGAAACUCCAUGUUGGAAGAAGACGAGGACUCAGAUGAUGGUUUUGAUGAUAUUGAGAAUAUCCUAGAGAGCCUACGAGAAGGCGGGGACCUUGGACCUGGAAAUAUACCUGGGAAGAAGAUAUGUAAAGGUGGAAGUGUUUUGGGGCUCAUCACAAAACGACUAGAAUCGAUGUCUGGUGAUCCUGCUGCGCGGGCGCUAUUAACAUCGUUACUGCGCGAUGCGAGUCGUCCGUACAUGAUGAUGUUAAAUGAGUGGCUCCACCAUGGAAGCAUCAAGGAUCCGCACGCCGAGUUCCUGGUCCGAGAACAGAAAAGUAUCAAGCGUGAGAGGCUUGAGGAGGAUUACACAGACGAGUAUUGGGAGAGGAGGUACACCAUUCGUGAUCACGAUGUUCCACCACAGCUCGAAGGUGUUAAGGACAAAGUUUUACUAGCAGGCAAAUACCUGAAUGUCGUUCGAGAGUGCGGUGGUGUGGAUGUGAGUAAAGCUGUCACUGACGUGCCUCGAUCCUUUGACGAUAACCGAUUCCUGGACAACGUCAACAGUGCUUACGCUCAUGCCAACGAAUCUUUGCUGAAGCUGUUGCUCACUACACAUGCACUACCUGCUCGGUUACGGUCACUCAAGCAUUACUUCUUUCUCGAUCGGUCGGAUUUCUUCUCAUAUUUCCUGGAACUUGGUACAUCUGAGCUUAGGAAACCAGUCAAGAGCGUCAAUACAAGCAAGUUGCAAUCUUUGCUGGAUCUCGUGUUGAGACAACCCGGCAGUGUGGCAGCACAAGACCCGUUCAAAGAGGAUAUCAAGGUCGAGAUGAACGAGAUCAGUUUGACCAACUCGUUGACCCGGGUCGUGAAUAUUUCAGGAAUUGAGCAAGGCGAAUCUCUACAGACUCCAGCUGCUCAGCCUACCAGCGAAAGCGACAAAGCAGCCGUUGGAUUCACUUCCCUCCAGUUAGACUAUUCAGUCCCGUUCCCAGUAUCACUGGUUAUCAGUAGGAAGACGGUAUGGAGAUAUCAAGCACUAUUUCGAUAUCUUCUUUCCCUGCGGCAUCUUGAGCAGCAGUUGGUUUCAUGCUGGCAGACUCACAAUAGAUCCGCUAGCUGGGCUCACAAGAGCUCGAAUUCGACACUCGAAAUGUGGAAACGACGUGUCUUCACAUUGCGAGCCCGUAUGCUGGUAUUUGUGCAACAACUUUUGUACUUCUGCACUGCAGAAGUUAUCGAGCCCAACUGGCAAGCCUUGAUGGCACGAUUGAAUGCGAAGGAGGAUAGCAAAGGCGGCGCAAGCCCUGUGCGAACGGUCGAUGAGCUCAUGCAAGAUCAUGUCGACUUCCUGGACACAUGUCUAAAAGAGUGCAUGCUUACCAACAGCAGGCUAUUGAGGAUCCACUCGAAGCUCAUGCAGACAUGCACAUUCUUCGCUUCGUACACAGGUUGGCUCGCCAGGGAACUAGAGAAGGCAGACCCAGAUAUGACGGGUGCAGAGAAACCAACUUCCAUGAACAAGCAGCACUGGAUUCGGUAUCAAGCGGAGAAGAAUCAGCGACACAGUGAUUCAGCGAGCUCUAGUGCUGCAUCGGGCCCGUUGACCGAUGCCGCACGAACAGAAAAAAUGGAGAGAAUGUUCGAGAUCAUCAAGAAGUACGAGGACAACUUCAGCAGACAUCUCCAGAUCCUCCUCGACGCAUUGAAUCACUAUGCCGCAACAGAGACAGUCGUGUUGUUAGGCCUGUGUGCUCGAUUGAGCACUGCCAAUCAGGGCACGCAGUACAGUGGCCUCAAGACAGAUGAAGAUGGUGGAGCGCAGGCAUGA